AUGCACUCUCCAAAAAAAAAAAAAUCUCUAACAAUGCACACCAAACUGAGCAUGUGCAGAGUGACUCCACACAAUAUGUCUUAUCAGGAGAUAAGAGGGAGACACUGGAAGAAGGGGAGGAUCAGAGUAGUCAAGAUGAAACACAAUUUUUACACAAUGCAGAGGAAUAACCCCUUAGAUUCCACAGUAAGUAUAACAAACAUGUUUUACUGACAGGGGCGGACUGACAACUCAUAGGGCCCCUGGGCAAUAGGGGAUCAUGGGGCCCCUGUGUCCUUGCCCAAACUCAAAAAAGCCUAU